UGCAGACGCAGUGGAGGCAGCAACACAGGAGCCAUGUGGCAGGUCACUGCCCUCUCCCUGUGCCGGGCAAGCUCCCGCGGCUGGCAGAAGCGGCUGCCCCAGCCCAGCCCCGCACCCGCAGCCCCGCAGCCCCGCAGCCCCGCACGGAGCCCCGGGACAGCCCCUGCCCGCGGCCUCUCCUCCAUGGCCCCCUCCAUCCGCCUCUCGCCCGCCGCCCGCAGCCUCUUCGAUGAGCCGCUGGCCAUCGCCGUGCGGGGCCUGGGCCCGCAGCAGCCCGUCACGCUGCGGACGUCCUUGCGGGACGAGACGGGCGAGCUCUUCCAGGCCUGGGCCCGCUACCGGGCGGGGGACGACGGGGAGCUGGACCUGGCCCGCUGCCCCGCGCUGCCGGGAGGCAGCUUCUCCGGCCUGGAGCCCAUGGGGCCGCUCUGGGCUCUGCAGCCCCAGAAGCCCUUCAGGCGGCUGGUGAAGAGGGACGUGCAGCGUCCCUUCCUCCUGCAGCUGGAGGUGUUUGAUGGCCACGGGGAGCCCCCCGGGCGGCUCCUGGCCCAGGCACAGCACGAGCGGGCGUUCCUGCGGGACGGGGUGCGCAGAGUCCCGGUGCGAGAGGGGAGGAUCCGGGCGACGCUUUUCCUGCCCCCCGGAGAAGACCCCUUUCCAGGGAUCAUUGACAUGCAUGGAUUCGGAGAAGGUCUUUCUGAGCACAGAGCCAGCCUCCUGGCCAACCAUGGCUUUGCCACACUGGCCCUGGCUUAUUAUCAAUAUGAGGAUCUGCCCCAGAAGCCAACCGAACUCCACCUGGAAUAUUUUGACGAGGCGGUGAACUAUAUGCUGCAGCACCCACAGGUGAAGGGACCAGGGGUCGGACUGCUCGGUUACUCCAAAGGAGCUGAUCUGUCUCUCGCCAUGGCUGCCUUCCUGAAGAACAUCACAGCCGUUGCAUCCCUCAACGGCCCCGUAGCCAUUACCUGUAUUCCUCUCCGGUACAAGGAUAAAACCAUCCCCUCUUUGCCACUCAUUGAAGAAAAGGUCAAGGUCAUUGAUUCCAAUAUCCUUGAUUAUUCUGACGUUGUUCUUGAUGCCUUUCAAGCCCCUGGCAACCAAAGCCUGAUCCCACUAGAGAAAGCUGAGGCACAGUUACUGUUCAUUGUGGGACAAGAUGACCAUGUUCUCAAAACUGAGUAUUAUGCUACGGAAGUCUGCAAGCUUCUGCAGGCUCAAGGGAAGGAAAAUUUUCAGAUUCUCUCCUACCCUGGAACAGGCCACUGCAUUGACCCUCCAUAUUUCCCCUUGUACCCCGUGGGAAACCAUCCCGUUUUUCACAAGCGAGCAAUCCUGGGUGGGGAGCCCGUGGCUUAUUCUAAAGCUCAGGUUCAUGCUUGGCCAAAGAUCCAGGCUUUUUUCAAGAAAUAUUUAAAUGACAACUAAUGGGAAAAAAACAAUAACAUGCAAGCGACACACAACUCUGAACAACCAGAUCCCAUACAUUCUUUUACAUUUCCCAGGUCAAACCUGGUUCACAGGGUUUGAUACAGCCACAGCAUCUCCCACAGCUUUGCACAUCCCAAACUCAGAAAAGAACUGGGUUUGCCUUGUAUGGUUUUCCCUGAACUUUUUUGCUUAUGUGUCAAGAAACGGACUGGCAAAUAGAUUUGCAUUAGCUCGUGAGAGAACAGAUCAUAUGCAAAAUGCUCAGUUACCUUUCUCUGGUGCUUUCUUUUCUUCUAAUACUUGAUAGUACUUUGCAUAUCACUAUGGUCUCUACAUGCAUUUCCUAUCCUCAGCUCAUACUGUAAAGUAACAGGUCUCCAAUGCUAAUUUUGGAGCAGUUUUCACCACUCAUUUAGGUGAAUGGAAGCAUUUCCAUCACAAAUGGAAAUGUCUGAUCUCUGUGCUGCUGCAAGGGUGUAAGAAUGGAUGCUACAGCCAGGAUUACGGGGUGUCUCUGUUUCACCCCUGGGAAGGGUUGUUUUCCCUCUGUAUCUUUUCCAUCUUCCCAUCAGAAGGGAGUGCUCUGGCUCGUGGAUACUUCUGGUCCCAAGAUGCCAGAAGCCAUUCUGCUAAAUUUACAGCCAUUGUGAUCUUCCCCCACCUGAUGUGGAACGUUUUUGCCUUCAUUAUUGGUGUGAGAACUGUAAUAAAGAGCCUGAGAUUUGAAAGCCA